AAGCGUUCGUCUCCGCGUUGCCUCUGCAAUCCUCCAAAACUUUGCUAACUUGAUCUUCAUGAAUUCAAGAACUGUUGCAUCCACAGUUUCCUGCAAAUCGGGGAACAAGAACGAUUUUAUUUUCUGGAUUUUGGCUUGCUUGCUUCCUAGUUUUCUAGGAUCCCCUGUUGCAUACGUUAACUUCCUGCUAUUUAAGGCCAUUGUUAGGUGCCCUUCUUCAUCUAUUCGCAUAGUGGAAUCAUUCAGCGAGAUCCAUUUAUAGCCUCAAAAGCUUUUUAAAAUUAUCCGCCUGAUUUCAUAUAAGCAGCAUGGUUUCCUCUCACUUAUCUAGUUUAAAUGGAUCCCACAUUCACAAAGCCUUCCAGAAUCAUUUGCUUUUUCCCAAGGGGCAACCUGGUACUUUGACCUCUGAUCAUCUUGAGUUUGAUUUCUCUGAUGUGUUUGGGCCUGCUCCUGUUCAAGCCUCAAUGAAAAUCAGCACUGAGAAUCCUAAAAAUCUGGUUGUUAUGACUGAAUCAAAUGAAUUGCUUUAUGAUGAUCCAGCUGUCAUCUGUAGCCGCUCACACUCCUUGGUUGGUCCCUCAACUUAUGUUAGCCAGUCAUUGAAGCUUAGCAAGCUUAUAUUACGUGAAACAGGGGAUUCCUUGGAACUUGUAGAAGGAGUCAGGGAAGAGGCUCAAAAAGAGCUCACAGAACCUUCAAUUAUUGACGUCAUUCCCAAGAACCCUGAUGGUCAUGUAGAGAGUCAACCCGUGGAACAGCAGUAUGUGGGACUCAUAGAUUUUGAAGUUUUAAAGGUUGUUGGCCAAGGUGCUUUUGGAAAGGUGUAUCAAGUAAGGUUGAGCAAUACCUCUGACAUAUAUGCGAUGAAGGUCAUGCGCAAGGAUAAGAUUAUGGAGAAAAAUCACACUGAAUAUAUGAAAUCUGAGAGGGAUAUAUUAACAAAAGUGGAUCACCCCUUCAUUGUGCAGCUCAGAUACUCAUUCCAAACCAAGUAUAGGCUGUAUCUUGUGCUUGACUUUGUUAAUGGGGGGCAUCUUUUCUUCCAGCUUUACCGCCAGGGCUUGUUCAGGGAAGAUUUGGCUCGCAUAUAUACUGCAGAGAUAGUAUCAGCUGUUUCUCAUAUCCAUGCAAAUGGCAUAAUGCACAGGGAUCUAAAACCUGAAAAUAUUCUUCUUGAUGCAGAUGGGAAUGUUAUGCUGACUGAUUUUGGCCUAGCAAAGGAAUUUGACAAAAAUACAAGAUCCAAUUCCAUGUGUGGAACUUUAGAAUAUAUGUCACCUGAAAUUGUUCUUGGCAAAGGCCAUGACAAGGCUGCCGAUUGGUGGAGUGUGGGAAUUCUACUCUUUGAAAUGCUUACUGGGAAGGUUGGUAUAUGAUUAUACACUCUGAUAAUUUUAUUUGUGUUCUACCAAUCUGUG